AUGGAUGACAAAUCAAGAAUAACUCCUUAAUUUUAAGAUACACCAGAUGAACAAUCUCAAGAAAUCUUAUCGUAACUGUAGAACGACGGCCUGAAUCCAGAUGUCUUUGAAUAAAUAAAAAAUGAUCCUCUCUUUUAACAACUCAAUAACUCUCUCCAGGGACUUCCCUCUACAGAUUAAGAAAUAUAAAAGUUGAACGACGAAGAAAGAUUGACUUUUGAGAUGUGCAUCAAGAAAUCAAUCUAAAACCACAAAAGGGUGGAAGAGAAACAAAAAUUCAUUUUCAAGAAGGGCUUCAAGUUUGUCGAGCACAGGUUCUAUUAAAAUUAAAUGAAGACACACAAAAAAAUGAAGUAAAAUCAGUAAUAAAUUGAUUUCUAUGAGAUCCAUUUCAAAGAGCUCUCUUUGAAAAUGAAUAAGCAUUUAACCUAUUUUAUCCAUCCUCAAAAAAAAAUGUAAAUAGGGAAGUUGAAUUAUUAAUCUGGUUUUAAAUCAUUCAACUAACCUUAUAUCAGAACUUUAUUGAAAUCUAAAUCAUUUCGCUAAGAGAUCAAAGACUACAUUCUCAAUCAUUUCAUCUAAGAAGUUCAAGAAGAAAUGGGUUUAAAGUUACAAAAAUUUAUAAAAUAUUGUUCUAGAAUGUAUGAAGAGGCUCUAAGAGAAUUUUAUAUGUAUAGCGCUAAAAACGAUGAUGAAGAAUAUUUUAGAAAUUAUAUAAGAUUGAAAAUGGAGUAGUCAAUAGUCAAAAAUUCCAAAUGCAAAAUCCCAUGGUCAUUUUAAGAAGUAAUUGAUGCCUAAAAAUUUGCCCUAAAUUUGAUUGAGUAGGAAAUGGAUGUGGAAAAUGAAUGA